AUGGAGAUUGUGCCUCGGAACGCCCCGACGCACGAGCAGACCACUGCGUCGAGCACGGCGCACGCCGAGACUGGUGUGCACGAUGCAAUGCGGUACGGCCCCCGUAGCAUGCACGCGGAAACCGCCGCGGCAUCCUACCACCCCGCCGAGAACCGCCUGGAGAACUGGGACGCGACGCAGCGCAGCUGGAAGCUGACGUCCCAGCGCAACAUCUUUGGCCUCGGCAUGCCGGUGCGCACGAUGAUGGAGCGCAAGAUCGUGGCUCGCGACCCUCAUAUGCCCGCGCGCGGUGUGUCGCGCGUCCACCUCGAUAUCCUCGACGGCACCGACGAAUCGCUCGACACGGCCGACUUCCUUCCGUCGGGCGUCUCGGGCGAGACAGUGGACAUUCAUACGGCGAUGGAGCGCAAGCUCGACUCGCGCGAGGAUGCAUUGCUGGUGCCCCAACUGUGCACCGUGCGUGCAUGCGGUUUGGAAGGGGGUAUCGCCGCGUGCCCGAGCGAGUCGGUGCGCUCGUAA